CAGUGUGAUUCCUCUCAGCAGCUACUAGAGAUAAUUCUGGUAAAGUCUCAGUGGGGGUGGGAAGGAGAGAGACGCUAAUUCCGUCUUUCCUAAUCCUCACUCUCAGUCUUCUACGCUUGUUGAGAGCGUCCAACACAACACAAGCUAACUAUCACACUCACAAACACCUGAAUAUGGGAGAGGGAUUGAGAUCACAGUGAUUUUACACACACAUCAUCCACAAACCUGCAGAGACAAAGGUAGAAUGUAAGACAACCGGAACGGGACAGAAGUCAAGAUGGGCGAAGCUCCAAAGGGUUUGCUGUCGGUAAUGCAGAAGCUGAAGGGAUCCACAGAGCUUGAGCUCAGGAUCGUUCUGCUGGGUCUAGACAACGCUGGUAAAACCACACUGCUCAAGUGUCUCGCCUCAGAGGACGUGAGCACCAUCACACCAACACAGGGCUUUAACAUCAAGAGCGUGGCCUCUCAUGGGAUGAAACUGAACGUGUGGGACAUCGGCGGACAGAGAAAGAUCCGUCCUUUCUGGAAGAAAUACCUAGAAAACACAGAUUUAUUGGUUUAUGUCAUCGACAGCACUGACAAGAAGCGGUUUGAGGAAACAGGCUUGGAACUGUCAGAGCUGGUAGAUGAGGAAAACCUUGCGGGUGUUCCCAUCCUCAUCUUUGCCAAUAAGCAGGAUUUAGGAACAGCAUCUCCAGCCAGUGAGAUGGCCGAGGGUUUGAACCUGCACACCUACAGAGACCGAGUCUGGCAGAUCCAGGCCUGUUCGGCGGUCACAGGAGAGGGAGUACAGGACGGUAUGAAUUGGAUCUGCAACAACAUCGUCAACAGGAAGAAAUGAACCUUUCUGAGCUGUACAAGCAUAUACAAGCAUAUAAAAUGUUCUUACUGAGUAUUCUUUGUAUUGUAUUCCAGUACAAAUAUCUAAAAAUCCCUUAAAUGGAGAUACAUUUUGCUAAAUGACUUAAAAUAUUAAGUCUUGUUUUUCUGAAAUUGUUUCAAAAUUAAGUGUGUUUGUUUAAA